GCGCGUUUGCGCGAAGGCGCUGUAGCUGUAGCUGACCUGUCUGUCUCUCUCUCUCUCUCUCUCUCUCGCUCUCUCUCUCUCCCCCCUCCUUCCGGUGGGCUCUGUCAUACCCCAUGGUGUUUGUGCCAUCUAGGGUUAUCCGCCGUUCCAUUGCAGUCUUUUCCAGCGCGCGGACUUCGCACCUCUCCUCCUGCUCGCUCUCGGACAAACAAAUAACUCCUGAAUUAUUGAAAACAAACAGAACAAAAACAAAACUUUUGGAUAUACUUAUUUUUUAUUUUUUUACUUUAGGCUUGGAUGAGCGUUUAGGAGCCCAAGAGAAGCAAACAACUACAAGGACAUAUUAUACGGCACCGCGGGGAGAAAACUGGAACAAAAUCGCCGGUGUCAUGUAGCAGCACUCUCUAAAAAAGCAAAGCCGCCUGGAAAUAUAGACGAGCACACACAUACACCACCAGCACCUAGUUAUUUGUACUUGAAGAAGGAGGGGGGAACUACAAAUAUGCUGUGAAGCUCUUCGUCGCAGCUUGGGUCCCGGCAAAAAGAAGCGCAGGUUUCCACCACAGCAUCUGUUGGUGGGUGAAGGAAAACAAUUCGUCAAGGAGAGAAGUGUGAGUGAAGAUGCGAUAUGCAGGCUCGGUAGGCAGCUGGGUUUUGCAUUUAUUAUCCUGGAAUUAGUGGGUGAAUGGGAAGGGAGCGGCUGUAGCCUCGAACCGGGGGAAGCAGAAUACACCGUGCAGAGCCGAGCCUGCGGUGGCGCACAAUGGAUACUUGUCCGUCUCUGAAGGUGACCUGAGAGAUCCAACCGAGACAGAUGUGACGAGCUCUCGAGAAGAGGCGUCGUACAAUUCGGACCCCACCUUCCUGACAUGAAUCGCUAUGUGUUUGGAUACCUGACCCGACCAAACUACUGAUGCCGUCACUGUUGCUCUCUCAUCGUGCUCGCUGAGCGUGAAUGUGUGGCCUCGAGGUGUUUCUGAGGGACCAUAUGGCACAAUACCGCACAAUAUAGGUCCCCUUUGUAUGAACUAACAUGGACAAAGUGGUCAUCAGUCUCCUGCUUCUGGGAACUGCAGUUACGAUGGUCCAUGCAUGUCCCAAAUACUGCGUCUGCCAGAACCUCUCUGAGUCUCUGGGGACUCUGUGCCCCUCCAAAGGCCUGCUAUUUGUCCCAAUGGACAUCGACCGGCGAACUGUGGAGCUCCGGCUGGGCGGCAACUUCAUCCUCAAGGUCACAACUCAGGACUUUGCCAAUAUGUCAGGUCUGGUUGAUCUCACCUUGUCCCGCAACACCAUCAGCGCCAUCCAGCCUUUCUCUUUCCUCGACCUGGAGACCCUGAGAUCCCUGCAUCUCGACAGUAACCGGUUGACUCAGCUGGGACCGGACGACCUCCGAGGGCUGCUCAACCUGCAACACCUGAUCCUCAACAACAAUCAGCUGAGUAGGAUCGCCAACACAGCCUUUGACGACUCGUUAGUGACACUGGAGGAUCUGGAUUUGUCGUAUAACAACUUGCGCAGUGUGCCUUGGGAAGCGAUCCGCAAGAUGGUCAACCUCCAUCAGAUGAGUCUGGAUCAUAACCUCAUCUACUUCAUUUCAGAGGGGACUUUUAUAGAUCUGGAUAAACUGGCCCGCUUGGACCUCACGUCCAACCGUCUCCAGAAGCUCCCUCCAGACCCGAUCUUUGCACGCUCCCAGAGCAAUGCAGUGAUGAGCACUCCUUAUGAACCUCCGCUCUCUCUAAGCUUUGGUGGAAACCCGUUGCACUGCAACUGUGAAGUGCUUUGGCUUCGAAGGCUGGAGCGUGAGGAUGAUAUGGAAACCUGUGCCUCUCCUGCUAGUCUAAAGGGCCGCUACUUUUGGUCUGUCCGUGAGGAGGAGUUUGUUUGCGAGCCCCCUCUGAUCACGCAACAUACACACAAGUUACUCGUGCUGGAAGGCCAAACAGCUAGCCUGCGCUGCAAAGCAGUCGGGGAUCCAAUGCCAACUGUGCAUUGGGUUGCACCUGAUGACCGUUUGAUCAGCAACUCCUCCAGAGCAACGGUAUAUGAAAAUGGCACCUUGGAUAUCACAAUCACCACAUCCAAGGAUUACGGGACGUUUACUUGCAUAGCUGCCAAUGCUGCUGGGGAAUCUACAGCCUCCAUUGAGCUGUCAAUCAUUCAACUCCCCCACCUGAGUAAUGGUACAAACCGUACCACACAGUCCAAGUCGGGGCUUUCGGACAUAACUAGCUCUACCAAGAUCAGCAAAGGGGAGCCUAAACCUCUACCAGAGAAGGUGGUGUCUGCAUCAGAAGUGACUGCCGUCUCUGCUCUGGUCAAGUGGACUGUUAGCAAAUCAACUCCAAAGGUCAAAAUGUAUCAGCUUCAGUACAACUGUUCAGAGGAUGAUGUCCUCAUUUACAGGAUGAUUCCCAUGACUAACAGAGCCUUCGUAGUGACAAAUCUUGUCCCAGGGAUGCAGUAUGACCUGUGUGUCCUGGCCAUUUGGGAUGACACCGCCACCACCCUCACUGCCACCAACAUCGUCGGCUGUGUCCAGUUCAUCACUGGGGAGGACUACCCGCAGUGCCAGUCCCUCCACAGUGGCUUCCUGGGUGGCAACAUGAUCCUGGUCAUCGGUGGCAUCAUUGUGGCCACGCUGCUGGUGUUCAUCAUCAUCCUUAUGGUGCGGUACAAGGUGACCAGUGGCAUACAGACUAAUAAAUUACCCACUGUGAGCGACACAUACUCGCAAACCAAUGGAGGGUUGAACAGGUUUAAUGGUGCACCGCCACAGGUCAAGUCCACAGUGGUGGUUCUGCGUGAGGAAAUGGUAGAGUUCAAGUGUGGAUCCCUCCAAAGCAGUCUGUCCUCGUCCUCAUCCUCCUCUAACUCAUUAGACAGCCAAACAGGAAGGGGGGCUGCCGACCGCUACAGUUUGCAGGGCAGUGAAUGCAGCACCCUGCCCAGCAGCAAGUUCAGGAGGCACAGGCACGGCGCCAAAGUACGACCAAACCUGGACCACCUUUUAGGGGCCUUCACCUCAUUGGAGCUGCGAGCGGUAGGGAGAGACCACCAUGGGGCUUCCGGCCCCCCUACCACUUCCAAUGCUGUGAUGACGCUGGCUGUGGUACCCCCGUCCGAUAAAGAACCCCUGCUCGGGAGAGCCGAGUCCACCACUAUGCUGGGACGUCUAUUAGGGAUGCCGCAGGAAGGUAAACCCAAGAGGAGUCACUCGUUUGACAUGGGUCAUGUGGGGGCUGCGCAGUGUCGCAGCACCCACCCUCGCAGGAUCAGCAACAUCUGGACUAAGCGCAGUCUUUCCGUUAACGGCAUGCUGCUGCAGUACGUCGACAAUGAGGACGAAAAGCCCUCUUUUGAGAGCUCUGAGUGGGUGAUGGAAAGCACAGUUUGAAUGGGUCUAACUGUGAGGUUCAUGGCUAACAGAUCUAUAACAGGAGCAGAAGGAACACGAGUGUAGAGGCAGAGUGUUCCAGAAGGAAUCUGCCUUUGGGUAUUGCAUGAAGUAAUUAUGUGAGAAAAAGACACUCAAAUUAAUAGAUUCCUGGCCAUGAUCUCAAGUCUCUGACAGUGUCUGACUGUAUUUGAAAUAUUUUUCUCAUCUCAAAACCAACAGCGAACCUUGGAUUGUGCGGAGGGAAUCUUUUCCCGUCAAGAGGCGCGUGAGAUUGUCUCAGAAGGAAAGAGGGGUAAAAAAAGAUGAGAAAUAUGGAUUUACUACAUCUUUGUCAAAAGAACUCAAUGAAGAGGAUUUGCCUCAGCCGUGGUGAACUGGAUGGGCAUCAUAUUGUCUUGGACCCUCAGCAUGUAAUGGACUACUGCAGCAGUAGAGAGAAAGACCAGAUGAGCGAAAAUUAAAAGAAAAGUCAUUUUUAUUUUCAUCUGGGUUUUUUCUAUCAUUUUGACUAUUUAUUAUUUGAGUUGAUUCAUCAGUAGGCUCAGCUCUUCAGUGAGGUUAUAAUAUACACAAACAGAAACCACCCCUUUAACAUACAGCCAUUUCACAUCACUCAAUGGUACGCAGACAAAUUCCAAUCAUUUCUUUCUCAAACACUAUGGUCUUAUAGACUAGAUUUCCGUAACACUCAACCACAGUAAGCCAGUCUUGUAUUUCUACCUCAGGUUAUAUAUCACAUGAGGUUAUUUAAAUAUGAAAGCAAAUAAAAUUACAACCGAACCCAAAUGCACAAGAGGAUCACAAAACAGCUCAAAACACAAAGUUCUUCACUUGUUUGCAAAAUACUUGAAAGGAUGAUUUAGUCUCCAGCCAAUCAGAUUGAGUAAUGUUCCCAGCUCAGGUUCACUUCCUGCUGUUAGAAAAAUGUAUUUUUGAAACGCUUUGAUACGCUCCCAAUCGGCCAAUGCUGUUGACAGUGGUCCCUGUAGGCUCAAAGGCCAUUGAUGUAAAGCGAGUGUUCGCCUCAGGAUACGGUUUCAGAUGCUAUCGGCACAUAUUACAGUUGCCAGACGGGAAUAGCCUUUGAAAUUAAUCAAGCCCACUUAAUCAUUUGCUUAUCCCCACAGCAGGACGUAUUAUUCGCCUCUAAUUCUCUUUAGGUAACACAAACAAGAGAGUAGGACAAUUACUCAUUUAACAACGGUAUGAGUCCAAAUUGACUUUUAUUAGCUUGAUAAAGGUCAUUAUGCUGCUCAGGAGAGGACGUUAAGUUGAGAAAAUGGGAGAAAGAUAACUUUUUAAUGGCCAAACAGCUAAAGACUCUCUGGAAAUCCAUUUCACCAGAUUGCAUGACAGAAAACCUUUCUUGGUUUAUGUAUCAUUUGAAGUGAUUCAUCAAAGGAACCAUUUAUUUUUCAUUGACCCUCAUACAGAGCUGUACAUUGCAGUAAGAUACUUUGAAAUAGUGGCUAUUCUGGUUACUGCCUACGAUCAACUCAGACAUCCCGACACAUUUGGAUGCCUUUCUCAAUAUCUUGUGGGUCUCUGCUACAUUUUCAAUAUGUGGGGUGGUCAUCGUUUAUUUUUCGUUUCUCUAAUCAUUUUCAUCCCUAGGUGUACCGUUCUGUAUAUUGCCAUUUUUUUUGUACAAUAACUGGGUGAGAAUGUAAAGUGGGGAAAAUCGUGCGGUAGUGCUUUUAUUUUCAUGUGAAGCAAACAGUGAGAAGGUGCUUUACUGUGGUGUACCAACUUGGUCAUUGUUCGUUGGCUCACUGAGAUGGGAUUUUACACAAUACUACAUGUAAAACACAUGGCUGUCUUUAAAGGGUCAGUUCACCAAACUUACAGAAAAUACAUAUUUUACCUCCAGUGGUAUCUAGCCAUGUAGAUCAUCUUGGUUUAUUUGCUCCGGUUAUCCUUCUAUGAGAUGUCUACUUCUACUGUGGGGGUUGGGGUGUGCAAUAUGAUAAUAGAUAUCAUGAGACAAUAUUUGUCAAGUGUCAGAGAUUUUACCAUAACAUUGCUUCCAUAGCAGCUAUCAAUGUAUUACCACUGGGUGUUUUAACCAUUUGUUGGCAGUUUAGCAAAUCCAUGAGCAGGAUUGUGUUGUAGCAUUAUUGGAUUCCAUGUGAUUUAGUCUUGUGAUAUAUUUUUUUUCUCAUGGUCAACAAAUCCUCAUGAAAAGACCAAAACCAACAGUGCAAUUGAUUUGUUCUUACACACAGAGUUUUCUAUCCAGAAACACCAACACGUAGACAAUGAAGGAUCAUUACCAUGAACACGGGAAAUGUAGUUUAUUUUGGGUAGAUUCUGCAGGCCACAGUGCAGACUGCCCACCUUGCACGGCAGCUGGAUUGUCGGGAUAUCAAGCGAGAAUCAUGGGAUCACACAUCACACGAAAAUCCAUCUUGACAGUUAUCAAGUAAUGCGUUUGUGUCUGGUAAGCCAGAGCACGGACCAAUGAGUGUACUGUCAGGAGCUACUAAGGGCGUGGAUUAGGUGUGUGUGAUGACGCGGUGAGGCGACUGUUUGUUUCAAACAACAAUGCCCAGCAUAAGAUGCUGCAAUAGUAGAAGUUAUAUCAGAAUUAACGAGUAUUUCUUUAUUGACAGAAGAGCAAAGAACAACACUGAAGGCUUUUCUCGCUGGAAAGAUGUUUUCGCUCUUCGCCAAAUUUGAUUGACAGAUAGUUCAUCCAAUCACCUGCCAAGUCAUUUUUGAAAGUGCCUGCCCUCUUCCAAACAGAUUUCAAUGACGGAUUCUCAGAUGGUUUUGUGUUAAUCCGCCACUGAAAAUAGUCCUCAACAAAUGCUCUAUUUAUGCCUGUUUGAGGCUACAUCUUAAAAGCUACAGUUCCAGGCUGUUUUUUUAUUUUUGUAAAUAUAUUAUAAAUGUGUGAUUUGAGUGGCCUUGUGGAGUGCCACAAACUGCGUAGAAAGGUCAGAAAUGAGUGCGAGAUGGACACACACAUUGUUGGUUUUGGUCUUUUGAUAGAAUCUUUUAAUACGAUUUUAUACACAGGAUUUCAUCCCGAUCGCCCACUCUUACAAUGGAGGGAUGGAGGCAUUCACAAACAUGCAGAGUUUUGGAUGAUUUUAAUUAACUUUAAACAGAGCAGGAAAUUCCAUUGGAAAUCAACAAUUAAUUAUAAACGUAACUCAAUGAACUGAAUUAUUUAAUUCUAAGAACUUUCUCAUUUUUCUCAUUUAAAAUGACUGCCAAAUUUCCAGGAAAAGUUCUGAGGAAUUAGCAGUAUUCCUGACGGAGAAUUGUGUUACUGAAACUUUUUAAAUAUAGAAUUUCAAAAGAAAAUUGCAUUCACCUCCGUUGUUUUGGCCGGAGGCAGAAAUCUCAAAGAUAUCAUAGAAACCUUAAAUAAAGGGUGUCACCAGAGAUAAAUGGGUUUUUCUUGUCAUUUGGGUGAACUGAGCCUUUGACCUGCUUUCUCUACUUGUGACAUCAUGUAACAUCCUCCUCCAUUCUGCUAACUGACAAUACAAUUUAAGUGUGUACUUGACUCGACAUAGUAAUGACUCUCACCUGAGGUUCUAGGACAAAAACAAGAAGAAAAAAAACUGUUUCUGUGUGAAAACAUUUUGCUACAAAAGAACAUAAAAUAUUGAUGAAUUCCUAUGAACCAAACUGGCUCUUCCGUGUUUUCUCUUCUUGCAAUGUCUCACCACACCACACACCUGCCUUGGAUUGCAUUAGUAAUCGCAUUUGUUUGUUUUUUGCCCUCAUCCCUCUGAGUUUAGAGUGCUACCUUACCGUUCCGACCCGCAGAGUACAAAGGAGCUAAUGGAGUGUCCUUCCUGCCUCGCUGUCUUUGUUUACUGUAGGAUGAGCCGAGGGUUUUCCUCCUGUGGUCCAGCUGCUGUAAUCAGGCCAGGUGCUGCUGACUCACCUCAGCGCUGCCCUUAUUACAAAUCACCGGUACAUGCAGCUCCUGGCCAGAGCCCAUAAUAAGGCCUUAAUUCAUAUAAUCUGUCAGGAAAGGUGCUUACAGUAGCACAGAGUAAAUAUAAUCUCCACACAGAGUAAAUAUAAUCUCCACAGGGGCCAAGCCGUGCAGGAUAAGACAGCGGUAUGCACCUGCUGAGGGCUCAGGGAGAACACGGCUACAUGUAUGUCGGAAGGUUGUUAUCUGGUUGUCACGAUGCAGAGGACGUUCACAUCGAGGCAAGUACACUACUGAAGAGACAAAUUAAUCCGGCAGCAAUGCCAGUGUUAUCACUCCUGUAAAAUUUGCCUAAAACGCCUAUCCAACGCGUACCCAAAGUAAA